AUGGGGAAGAAAAAGAAAAGUUCUCUACAGGUCAUCCUGGAAGAUGCUGGAAUAGAGUUUGACGGAGAAGUGGAAACUGACACAGAGAGUGAAGAAGAUGAAGUAAAGGACAAGAAAACUAACAAACAACCCCUCAGGGAAACUGGCAGAGCAAGCAGACUUCAAAGCAAAAAGCAAGAGAAAGACAAAGAAGAAAAAGAAGACGAACAAGAUGAGAGCAAAGAGGAAGACAAUGGCAGCCAACAAAACAGAGCUUCUAGGAGAACAAAUUACCAAAGGAAAAACAGAAAUGGAAAAAAGGCAAGAGAGGAAGGAAGCCAGCAGAAAGAGAGAGGCAAAACGGCUCCUAACAAAGAUCAAAAGGAAUCAGAAAACAAAGAAAAGAAAACAACCAAGAGAGGGAAGGAGGGGGAGAAUAAACAGAAGAAAGGCAGGAAAAACAGUACUACUUCUGCUUCCUCCAACUCAUCUGAUGAGGAGUCACUGUCAGAGGAAGAGCUCGCGAUGCUGAAGGAGCAGGUGGAGCAAAAGAAAAAACUGAUUUCCACCAUGAGGAACAAGCCCUGGAGGAUGAUGAAAAAGCUCUCGGUGCUCAGGGAGGCACAAGAUUUUGUAGAGAAGUUUGAAGGAGCACUGGGAAAAGGAAAGGGCAAAAAGUUGUAUGCAUAUAAGAUGAUGAUGGCGAAGAAAUGGGUGAAAUUUAAGAGAGACUUUGAAAAUUUUAAAACUCAGUGCAUACCGUGGGAGAUGAAGAUAAAGGAAGUGGAGAGUCACUUUGGCUCCUCUGUUGCUUCCUACUUCAUAUUUCUGCGGUGGAUGUAUGGAGUAAAUCUUGUCCUUUUUGGGUUAAUAUUUGGACUGGUUAUAAUUCCAGAGGUCCUGAUGGGAAUGCCAUAUGGGAGUUUGCCAAGGAAAACUGUACCCCGGGCUGAACAAGCAACAGCUAUGGAUUUUUCAGUUCUUUGGGAUUUUGAGGGCUACAUCAAAUACUCAGCGCUCUUUUAUGGCUACUACAACAACCAGAGGACAAUUGGCUGGUUGAAAUACAGGCUGCCAAUGGCAUAUUUCAUGGUUGGCAUCAGCGUAUUUGGCUACAGCCUGAUGGUUGUUAUAAGAUCGAUGGCUCGCAAUGCCAACGAAAGCACGGCAGAUGGGGAUGAUGACAACUUCAUUUUCAGCUGGAAAAUGUUCACCAGCUGGGACUACCUCAUUGGCAACCCAGAGACAGCAGACAACAAGUUUGCAUCCAUCACCACCAGCUUCAAGGAGUCUAUUGUAGAUGAGCAAGAAAGCAACAAAGAUGAGAAUAUCCACCUAAGGAGGUUCCUGCGAGUUUUGGCCAAUGUCCUCAUCACAUGCUGCUUGUGUGGGAGUGGCUACCUCAUUUAUUUUGUGGUGAAACGCUCCCAGACAUUUUCCAAAAUGCAAAAUGUUGGGUGGUAUGAAAGAAAUGAGGUUGAAAUUGUGAUGUCCUUGCUGGGCAUGUUUUGCCCUCCACUGUUUGAAACCAUUGCUGCACUAGAAAAUUACCAUCCCCGUAUUGGGCUGAAAUGGCAGCUGGGGCGGAUCUUCGCGCUCUUCCUGGGGAACCUCUACACAUUUUUGUUGGCCUUGAUGGAUGAUGUCAACGAAAAACUGGCGGAAGAGGACGUGGUAAAAAACAUCACUCACUGGACACUGCUUGGUCACCACAACUCAUCUGCAGGGAAUGACAGCACUGUCACCCCACCUCCCCUUGACCCUGCAGACGUGCCCAGGGGACCCUGCUGGGAGACAACUGUCGGCAUCGAGUUUGUGAGGCUCACUGUGUCUGAUAUCCUGGUGACCUACAUAACCAUUCUGGUGGGAGAUUUCAUACGAGCUUGCUUUGUCAGAUUUGUGAAUUACUGUUGGUGCUGGGACCUAGAGGCUGGAUUUCCGUCCUAUGCAGAGUUUGACAUUAGUGGCAACGUUUUGGGUUUGGUUUUCAACCAGGGAAUGAUUUGGAUGGGAUCCUUUUACGCACCAGGGCUCGUGGGUAUAAACGUGCUGCGCUUAUUAACCUCCAUGUAUUUUCAGUGCUGGGCUGUUAUGAGUAGCAAUGUCCCUCAUGCAAGAGUCUUCAAAGCAUCCAAGUCUAACAAUUUUUACAUGGGAUUGCUCCUGCUGAUCCUCUUCCUCAGCCUCCUGCCUGUGGCUUACACCAUCAUGUCACUGCCUCCCUCCUUUGACUGUGGACCUUUCAGUGGAAAGAAAAAGAUGUAUGAUGUCAUUCAAGAGACCAUUGAGCUCGAUUUUCCACUUUUUGUUGCCAAGAUCUUCAGCUAUGUGGCAAAUCCAGGACUGAUCAUACCUGCAAUUCUGCUCAUGGUCCUCACCAUCUAUUACCUGAAUGCUGUGUCUAAAGCAUAUCAGCGUGCCAACGCAGAGCUGAAGAAGAAAAUGCAAAUGCAACGAGAAGAGGAGAAAAACAAGAGGAACAACAAAGCCAGUACGAACCCUAUGCUGCAAGAUCUGGAGGAUUUACUUACACCAAGUACAAAGACUGAAAGUCCCCCCAAACAAGCAGAAGACAACAAAAUAGAAUCUCCAAAUGGGACCAGCCCUGCCAGGAAACCAGGCAGAGGAGAAGUCCUGGCUGGCAGCCCCAUGGCCAUUGGGAGAGGAGCAGCAUUCACCCCGCCGUCGCAAGUGUUUGUGACACAGCCACGGACACUGGGCGUUUGGGCACCCUACCCUGGCCAGCCCAGGCCAUGGGGGCACCCCCUGGGACCAGUCCCUGGAAGAGGGAGAGGGCACCCAUGCUACCCACGGGCUGCUCGAUAACCUCAGCAAAGUUUCUCCUAUGCUGCAUGAACUGUUGUAGUUUUGAUAGGCAAUGAUUCCUGCAUGCUGGACAUCCACUCUUGGUGCUCUGUAUCUAUCCAAAAUGCUCUAAUACAGAUUUGUUUAGACACUUAGUAGUAGUACUUCUGAGUUGUUACCCCCAAAGGCUUUUCUGAUUUUGAUCCCAAGGGAAAAGUAAGGCAGUCAGAACAAAAAUCAGCCGUGACACUGCCGAAAUGCUUCACACAGGAUGCAGCCCUGUGGCCACUAACUUGCUCUGUGGAGCAAGUGCUUGCCAGUACUUUCAAAGGCUUCUUUAAUUAAUAAAAGUGG